AUGCGAAAGUUGGAAUGGGACAACAUGGGAGUGAAGGUUGAUGGUCGGCAGCUACACCAUUUGCGCUUUGCUGAUGACAUCGUACUGAUAACACCUAGCAUCAGCCAAACGGAAGCGGAAGCGGACCGAAUUCGACGAAACAUGUGGAUGCAUCGGUCUUCAGCUGAAGACCAUGUUACAUGGCUGGCUACAAAAGACCAUGUUCAUGCGGAACGGAUGGGUCUCGGAUGCCCCAUUCACGCUCAACGGAACGAACAUAUCCGAAUGCACCAGCUACGUUUAUUUGGGUCGGGAACUAAACAUAAUGAACGACCUGGCCCGCGAGCUGGGCAGGAGGAGACGAGCAGCUUGGGGAGCGUACAAGAGCAUCGAGGAUGUAGUAAAGAAGACCAGGAACACCCGGCUCCGUGCUCACCUCUUCAACACCACCGUACUUCCUGCACCGACCUAUGCUUCGGAAACCUGGGCAUUUCGCAAGCAGGAAGAAAACGCAGUGAGCGUCAUUGA